AUUCAUUGCCCGUGCCUUUAUAAAAAAAUAAAAUAAUAAUAUAGAAUUUUUCAAAUAAUUAUUUAAUUUAAUGCUGUACUGAUUAUUCACAACAAAAAACGUGUGAAAAAUGUGCUCAGAUUUAUUGUGUCCAUUGUGUAAUAUAUCAACAUUCCCAGACAUUGAAUCAUUCAAGUUGAAUCUCAUAAAAGUGAACAGUAAACCAAUAAAGUGUCCACUCUGCUCCGACGUUCUACUUGGUCUUGAUAAAUUGACUAUUCAUUUAUUUGGACAUUCUAUUCCAUUUGAGUCAAAUGAAAUAACAACUUUGGCACAAGUGGAACCGCCUUUGAAGGCACAAAAGAAGAAUUCCAAGCCACAACAGAAUAACAUAAAGUUAGUAAAAAUGACAUCAUUACAAGAGAAAACAUCACUCGACGAGAAUUUCCGCUGUGAGAUUUGUGGAUUUUUAUUUGAAGAGAAGCAUUUACUCGAUUUACAUCUCAGUCUUGUACAUAAUUUCACGCCAAAUAAUGAUGAGCACGAGAAUACACAACAGCAGCAGCAGGAGCAGUUGUCAAAUAGCACAAAUGAUGUGCCACAGAAAUGGAAUUGUCAUUUAUGUGGAAAAAACUUUAAAAUGAAAGGAGCAUUAAGAAUACACAUAAGAGUUGCUCAUGUUCGUUUUCACGAUCAAAAUCAACGUCAAAUCAAUAUAGCUGACUAUUUAAAGAACCGAAAAUCAAUUGAUAUGUGUACUAUAAAAACAGAAAUGUUGUCACUCCAAGAUCCUUACAGUCCUGAUAACACACCAUUCUACAACAACAACAAAAGCCCACAAUCAUCCCCAAUAUAUUCACCGAAUGUUCCAAAAUCACCAACAAGCAAUAGCAAUAGCGAACAACAACGGAAUUUACAAGAAGGCGCUACAAAAAAUUUAAAAACUUUUCAGUGCGAGGAAUGCAAGAAAACUUUCACAACAAAAUAUUUCUUAAAGAAACACAAACGACUUCACACAGGUGAAAUGCCUUAUACAUGUCAAAUAGAAGGAUGCGGGAAAAUGUUUCAUUUUCAACAAUCGUACCAUAAACAUCUCCUGUAUCAUUCUGAUGCUAAGCCUUAUGAGUGUUCAGAAUGUGGAAGAAGUUUUAAGGAGCUUUCAACAUUGCACAAUCAUCAACGAAUUCACAGCGGCAUCAAGCCUUUUGGAUGUCAUAUUUGUGGGAAGUUUUUUAGACAAAAAGUCUCAUAUCUUGUUCAUCAGCGAAUUCAUAAUGGAAGCUUACCAUAUAAAUGCUCAGAAUGUGGUAAAGGUUUUCGUUACAAGGUCAGUCAACGAUCACACAAAUGUAGUGGGGUUCUAGAAAGACAACCCGGGAGUUUGAUUCAGAAAUUAAUGCAGAACUCAUCGAUUUUAGCAACGUCGACUAUUGUUUCUAAUACAACCGUUUCUAACGAGACAAAUACAACGCCUACAUUAACAAAUAGUGCCAACAUUUCCACCACUUGUAAUCAAAAGCAAAGCGAACACGAAACAACUCACGACCUAUGUCUGGACGACUUGCUUAAAGAAUCUUAUGAAAAAUUAAUGAAGUCAAACGAGAAUGAAAUUCAACUAUUACCGCAAAUCGUUGGGGACAAUGCCUUUGAAAACAAUACCGGUGUAAUGACAUUUGAAAAUAUGAAUGGCAUGCCAACAAACUCAACUGACUAUACAACUUCCAUCAAUAAUAAUUUUAACACGAAUUAUCAUUCUACUCUCGAGACUAUAUGUGAAGAUUCUAUUAAAGAGCUUCUGUAUGGACAUGUCGGGUGAAAUUUAUUUUUCUCUUGUACGAGUCAUUUAUUUGCAGUCGUCAGUGUUGUUAUCUGGUCAUUUGAUGUAGCAAUCAAACAUCUUUGAAAACAAUAUGAUUUCCCUGAAUAUAAAACUGAAGAUUUCCAAUGCCUCAUUCCCUUAUUGAUACCAGAUUGUUGAGAUCGAGACAUCCUAGGACAGAAUCUUAAUCGAUUUGGUUUACUAAUGGAAUCUAACAAGAUUGCUGGUUAAAUUUGCAAGCUUUCAAAUUCUAUUUCAAAAUCAAAGUCGCUUCAAUUAGCAACAGAAUUGAAUUCUAAGAUUUGCAAGUUUAAACUAGCAUAAACUAGACUAGACUAGGGUCAGUCUCUAUAUAUCGGUCAUUGAAGUAUAAUAUUUAUGAUUCCAAAACAGUUCAGACUUCUGGAUUAACAACACUGACAGUCGUAUUUACUAAUUAGUCUUUCUGAUCAUAACUUUUUAUCAGUGAUGACAAUGAAGCUGUUAUUC